CACCCAUUCCCAUCCCAUCCCACAAUCACAGCCCCCAAAAUGCAAAUCCUGAUCCAACCCGACCCCUUAACUCACCCCUCCACCAUCUCCCUCCUAACCCUCCACCACACCUCCCUGCAAUCCAAACCCCUACCCUCCACCUCCUCCUCCAAUCGCACCAACCCACCAUCCUGCUACGUCCUCCCCCUAACCACCCUCCAAACGGACCCCACCAUCACCGUCUUCACAGCCUGGAACCCCACCACCAACGAACUCCUCGGCUGCGGCGCCCUGAAAGAACUUUCCCCCACAGAAGCAGAACUCAAAUCCAUGAGAACAGUCACUGCGCAUCUCCGGAAGGGUGUUGCGCGUGCCAUUGCGGAACAUAUUCUAGAUGUUGCGAAACAAAGAGGGUAUAAAUGGGUGGGGUUGGGGACGGGCGGGGAUGAGAGCUUUGAGGGUGCGAGGAGAUUGUAUCACAGCUUGGGGUUUCGGGCGUGUGAGCCGUUUGGGGAGUAUGUGGAGUGGGCGGGGGGAUGGGUGGGUGGGGGAGGUUUAUGGGGGUGGAGUUGUGAGAUUGAUUUUGGAGAUUUGAGCGGGGGUGGUUAA